CCACCAUCCCCAGGACCCGCAUCUUUACAAUUAUUCCUUUCUGCAGCGAGGACGACCGUCGACCAGCAUUGGGCGACCACGACAGUACAUUCCACAAUUCUGACCACACACCCUCACCUCAAACUCUGCCGAGGCCGCUGUUCUGCUUCCCUGGUCGUCGCAACUGCUCUCCUUGACUUUCGCAGCUUCCAGUCGAUCUUUCCUCGAGUCUGGGUAGCCCUCGGAGGUCGCGCUUUCUGGAAUCAUGUCUGCGCAUACGAGGACUGCUAAACUGCCCCAGGGCACUACGACCAGCUAUGGGCAGGUCAUCGAGUACAUCCAAGAUCGCUUGUAUCUCGCCUCAUAUACGCACCCGCCAGAUGCUCAUACACCGUUUCCUUAUCCACGACAGAGUCGCUCCCCAAGCAAGCGGUCGUCCAAGGCGCAUCCUGGCCCCAUUGCGACCGGCCCGAAGGUCCACCCUCCUGUGUACUUCACCAUCGACAAGACUCUUCUGUAUAACGCAUUCCAUGCCGACUUCGGACCGUUACACAUCGGGCAUUUGUACCGUUUUGCUGUCCAGCUGCACGAAGUGUUAGGGGAUCCAGCGAACGAAGAGAGAGGAGUGGUGUUCUGGAGCAAUGCCGACUCAAGGAGCCGCGCGAAUGCUGCUUGCAUAUUGGCCUGCUACAUGGUCUUGAUCCAGGCAUGGCCUCCUCACCUUGCACUAGCGCCAAUCGCUCAAAUGGACCCCCCCUGUAUGCCGUUCAGAGAUGCAGGCUAUAGUCAAGCCGAUUACGUCCUAAAUAUUCAGGAUGUCGUCUAUGGUGUCUGGAAGGCCAAAGAGGAAGGUCUUUGCGGGCUAAAGGACUUUUGCUUAGAAGAGUAUGAGAAGUUUGAACGGGUGGACAUGGGCGAUUUUAACUGGGUGACCCCAAAUUUCCUGGCCUUCGCCUCACCACAACAUCAACCCACCCACGUGAUACCCCAAUCCGCGCCGAUGUAUUCCACUUUACCAAAGAACAUCGCCGAAGUUCAAAAGUCAUCUCUUCCGACAUCGUUCAAAAAUGUACUUUCCCAUUUCACUGCACGGAACAUUGGCCUGGUCGUGCGACUCAACUCCGAACUUUACUCCUCAUCCUACUUCACCGCACUUGGAAUUCAACAUUUGGACAUGAUAUUCGACGACGGAACCUGCCCCCCUCUUUCACUUGUGCGAAAGUUCAUUAAUCUCGCUCAUGAGAUGAUCACGGUACGGAAGAAAGGUAUCGCUGUUCAUUGUAAAGCAGGGCUCGGCCGCACUGGUUGUCUUAUCGGAGCAUACCUUAUCUACAGACAUGCCUUUACCGCAAACGAAAUCAUCGCGUAUAUGCGUUUUAUGCGCCCAGGAAUGGUGGUUGGUCCACAGCAGCACUGGCUCCAUCUGAACCAAUCCACUUUCCGAGAGUGGUGGCACGAGGAUACAAUGAAAGCAAGAUAUGCUGAGAUGGCGCCCUCGACGCCUACGAAAUCAUCUCACAGGCAACGUCUUGCAAGCAAUGGACAAACAUUCACUCCUCCCAAUGGAUCUUCCCGGCGGGCUGCGCUCGGUGAGAUUGAGUCGAAUGAGCGAAGUAAUACCGGAACGUCUUCAAUUGGUAUUCAAGAGGACAACCUCCCCGCUCCAACGCCCGGUCAGCCGCGCAAAACGAGCAAGCUCUAUGGUACUGCCAGGCAAUCUCCACAACGUGUGAAUGAGAACGAGCCAUUUGUAAAGCCAGAUACUGAGGUCGUAGUACAGCGACAUACUCAGCUCGACUCUGAAACGGAAGAGGAAUUUCAUCUCCGGAUGAUGAUGGCAAGGAGGACUGCGUCACGGUCGCCAAAUGGGAAGGAGAAAAGGCGAGCGAUUAGCUGCACCACUACAACCUCGACAACCAUGACCGCUUCUUGGAAUAUGAGUGGAGAAAGCGAUAUUGAAAACACCGCCCCACUGGGUGCCCGACCAAAGACACCGGGACGUGAGAAGAGCGGCAGUGGACGUGGUGACAUCAACGUUGGCAAAAUACGAACCAGUCCAAGUCGACGAAGCACCGAGAGCAAGAGUGGCGUGAGGAAGACUAGCGGAAGAGUAGGCAGCGUUGGCAAUGCAACCAUGACCCGACCAAAGCCAUAGAAGGUACCACGGCGUUUGACUUGAGAAAAGCAUAUGCAUCCUUGUCGGUGUUUUGGCAUGAAUGGCGUACUGGGUUCGUCUUCUCCGUCAUGAGCUUUCCUCUUCCUUCUGUCACAAGUCACUUGAGGCGUUAUGUCCCCGACAACAUUCAACUAGCAUCUGGUCGAUACACAUCCCACUCUCGGAACUUGGGGAGCGUUUGCUGGGUAAGCUUUUUUGGCCGUUAGUGUGAAUAUGGGUUGGGCUAUUUUUGAUUUUGGUCGGUAUCGGGCGUGUGGGCAGUCUAAUCUUUUCUCUCUUUUGCGUGUUUCUUGCUUUUCGACUCACUGUCUGCUUUUUCUUGCG